GUGUAAAAGUACGACAUUUAAUCACACAUAAAUGCUAUAUUUACAUUUACUCAAUUACCAACAUGUUCUAUCAAUAUACAUGUGCCCCUUUCCAACGCAACGACAUUGUCAUCCACGACUACGACUAGCGUCUGUAAACCUUCAAUGUCACGUUUGUGGUACUUUCGCGGAUGAUUUGUGGUUAGGUUUUCCUACAUUUAAAAUGUAUAAAUUUACUUGUUUAGUCUUAAACUCUUUAGGUGUUUGCCGACAAGCGUCCGCCUAUGGAUCCUCGUUAAGUAGCAGGAUGUUCCAAAGUGCUGCCUUCAGGCUGCAGGAGGCGGCAGCGAACAGCCAAGACUCCGCUGAAACCUCCAGGGACUUUAGCCAUGUUCCUCCACUGCCUGGCCAGGACAGCCCACUCAGGUGGGCCGGAAAGAAGUUCGAGGAGUUGCCCAUCCUACAUAUAAAAGCCACAUAUAACAACACACACAUCCAGCUAACGGACUGCAAUGGCCAGUCCUUGGUCAGGACUUCAUGCGGGACGGAAGGCUUCAAGAACAUCAAGAAGUCCACGCCAGUUGCUGCACAGACCGCCGCCAUCUCUGCUGCAGCCAAAGCAACAGCCAAGGGCGUGACAUUUGUUCGCGUCGUUGUCAAAGGUCUCGGUCCAGGACGGUUGUCUGCCAUCAAAGGUUUGAGCAUGGGGGGCCUGGAGGUGGUCUCUAUCACGGACAACACGCCCGUGCCACACAACGGCUGCAGACCGCGCAAAGCCCGAAGGAUAUAAUCAUAUUUAUAAACAACUUUGUUUCAAACACCUUGACAACUUCUGACAGUAAAGCUUCAUCGGAACAACGCGGAUACGACUGGUCGUCUUGACGACCCAAGCAGCGGGUGGCUCAUGGAAGUCAGGAGACCAGGACAACCUUGCACCACUUUUUAUUUGUUUUUGCAUGAUGCACUGUUACCAAGACAAGAAAAAUCACCUUUUGGGAUCUUCAAAUAAAUGUAUAAUGUGGUGUGUUUCUA